UUUAAACACCAGUUGGUGAGUUAAGGUGUCGGUGAUAACAGCUAGUUGACAAAUUUUUCGAUCGGGCUAUACUAGGUAAAAGUAUGUCCAGAUAGUUCGAGAGGCAUUUGACAGGACCAAAAUGAAAAAUUAUCCCUACGUUCCCAGCAUGGUGCAAGCUAUCACUGUUCUUACGGUACUGAAGAUGAUGACCAAAGCUCAAACGUCCUGCGGCUCCGGAUCCAUGAAUGGAAAAAUCAUGUACGAACGAUUACCAAACAUUCAGCUGCAAGGCUUCGAUGACGACAUUGUCAGAGACACUGCUCCGCCGUUCAUGGUUCUGGAAAAGUGCGAGGAUCUGUGCACACGAGACAGGUCUUCAAACAACAUAGUGAGGAACUGCGCUUCCUUCGAUUUCCAACCCGGAAGUCGGAUAGCCACGUAUAGUGGCGGGACAGAUUAUGAAGAGAGCACUUGCUAUCUGACCGCUGAAUCUGCCAGGCCCGAGGGUAUUGGCAGCCUGAUGCUGGUGCCGAACAGCGUCCACUUUACAGAAGUUUGCAUCUCGUCAAAUAGGCCAGAAAGAGAAUGUCCCAAUAGGCGCUACAUAUUCGAAAGACACCCUCGAAAAAAAUUGAAACUUCCAGCUCCAGACAUAAAAGAAAUGACUGCUGCGAACAGAACCGAGUGCGAGGACAAGUGUCUCAAUGAAUUUAGUUUCGUUUGUCGCUCUGCCACCUUUGAUUCCAACAUGAGAACGUGCACGCUCAGUAGGUUUACCAGGAGAACGCAUCCGGAGCUACUAGUGGAUGAUCCUGAUUCCGACUAUCUGGAAAACACCUGCCUUAACGCUGAACGAAGAUGCGAUGGCUUGGCCGUCUUCAUCAAAGAAGAAAACAAAAGAUUGGGCGGUCCUUUCGAGGUAGACAUGUUUACCAACCUUACCCUAGAUGACUGCCAAGCAAUGUGUGUUAGGGCAGAAAAGUACUUCUGUAGAUCCAUAGAAUACGACGAAAUGACGAAACAGUGCACCCUAUCGGAAGAAGACUCAGUAUCGCAAAAAGACGAUAUCGGCGUGGCAAGCAGUCCAUCGCACCAUUUUUAUGAUUUUGCUUGUCUAGACAGUCCUCGUGGCUCGGAGUACCCAGACAAUUCGGUCACCUCCCACCUCUUUAGUGGGAAGAAACCGGACACAGCAUUCCAGAGGUACCGAAACAGUCGUUUAGGAGGCGAACACCAUUCUGAAAUAUCCGGAAGAUCUCUCAGCGAAUGCCUGGAUGAAUGCCUGAGACAACCGAGCUUCCAGUGUCGCUCCGCAGAGUACAGUGAACGGUACAGAACCUGCAGAUUAACCAGGUAUAACCAGAGAGACGGCAUGAGGAUCAUCUACGAUGCUGACUAUGACUACUACGAAAAUUUAAUGCUUGGAGGUGAUGGCGAAGGAUCUGGACAAAGACCCAGCGAUGGUAGCAAUAGCGUCUACCGGCCAGGAGAUGACAGAUACCCCGGAGAUGACCGGAGUAGACCAGGAAACAGGUACCCACCAGGUAGCGGGGGUAGUACUGGAGAGAGAUAUCCUCCUAGAUACCCUCCCAGCAGACUUCCACCUAUUGGCGCAGGCUAUGAUGGAAACUACCCCAUUGGAAGACCACAUGAUAGAUAUCCCGAAUACGAAGAUAGGUACCCCAACGAAAAAUACCCCGACAGAGGUCCUGGAAGAUAUCCACCUUCUUCAAGCGGAGGCAAAUAUCCGGCCAGACCUUACGACCGGUACCCAGAUGACAGAUACCCUGACAGAGAUGACGGAAGAUACCCCAUUGGGCCAUCCUACCACCCAUCUUCUAGCGGUGGCAAUUAUCCCAAGAGACCACACAACCGCUACCCUUACUAUCCACCUUCCUCUAGCGGAAAACCCGAUAAAUACUACCCUCCUCCCAGAGAUCGUUACGAUCCGAAAUACGGAGACAGGAACGGUGAUAGAUAUGGAGAUAGAUAUGCUGAUAGGUACCCGGACUUGCCAGACAGAAAUGGAGGAAAGUAUGGUGGUGCUUACGGGGAUAGAUACGGUGGAUAUGGUGGAAGAUAUGGAGAUGAUGAGCAGUUAGGUAACCGAUAUGGUGGAAUAGGAGGUAGUAGGUAUGGAAACAGACACGGAGAUCGAUAUGGAGAUAGAUAUGGAGAUCGGUACGGAGAUAGAAACGGUGAUAGGUACGGAGACAGAUACGGAGAUAGAUAUGGUGAUAGAAACGCCAACAGGUACGAAUAUUAUGACGAUGAGCGAAACGGUGGAAAUAAAUGGAUUUUCCGGCCAGAUAGAAGACCCAGUGGCCGUCCAGUUGAUGGACGCCCACCAAUUGAAAGACCUCCGUAUGAAAGACCACCGUACGAAAGACCAACUUAUGAAAGACCUCCGUAUGACAGACCAUCUGGGGACCGGAGACGACCAUUAUCUCCUGGACCAGAUGGCCCAAUCUAUGACAGCUUUGGAGGAGUCGGGGCGAACAGACCAUACAGUUCCAGGUGUGAAGAAGGGGAUAACUUCAAGCAGCUGGGGUCACACAAUAGGAUGAGGAAGGAGUAUGUAAAGCGAGGGCUAUAUGCUCGCUCACUGAGAGACUGUGAGCGAGAGUGUGUGGAAUCGAGAGAAUUCAUAUGCAGAGCCUUCAACUACAAGGAAUCUCAAAUUGGCGGGUACGAAGGUGAGCGAGGAGAAAGAUCAGAAAAUUGCGAGCUUAGCGAUAGAGACUCGAGAGAUUUGGAAAUAGAUAAUCCUCAAUACUUCGAUAACACAGGAACCUACGAUUUUUACGAGCGAGAAGUGAGCAGACAAGGUGUAGAUGGAGACUGCUUAGAUGUGAGUCAAGUUUGCAAUGAAGACGGCAUGGAAUUCACUCUACGCACCCCGGAACCCUUUUACGGCAGAAUUUAUACGUAUGGCUUCUACGAUAGAUGUUUCUUCCGUGGAAAUGGAGGCACCGUCAACGUCUUGCGCAUAAGUGGAGCACAAGGGUACCCUGAAUGCGGUACCCAGAGGUACGGCGAUAGCAUGACCAACAUAGCAGUUGUGCAAUUCAGCGAUUUCGUACAAACAGGCAAAGAUAAACGAUUUAAUUUGACAUGUCUGUUCAGAGGACCCGGAGAAGCAGUUGUUUCCUCAGGGUUCAUUGGUGCAGGGUCUGGAAGUCCAAUUCCAAUAGAGUAUCUACCAGCAGAAAACACUCUCAGUUCCAAAGUGCGAUUGAUGAUAUUAUAUCAAGGAAGACCUACUACUACUAUUGCCGUCGGAGAUCCACUUACUUUCAGACUAGAGGCUCAAGAUGGUUAUAACUACGCCACCGACAUCUUCGCAACAAAUGUUGUGGCAAGAGAUCCAUACUCAGGAAGAUCAGUACAGCUCAUCGACAGAUUUGGUUGUCCUGUGGAUAGUUACGUCUUUCCGGAAUUGGACAAAGGCAGGAACAGCGACAGCUUGGAAGCGCGCUUCAAUGCCUUCAAACUACCCGAAUCCAACUUCCUAGUAUUCGAAGCUACAGUCCGAACUUGCAGAGACGGCUGCCAACCUGCUUACUGCCAGAUGGGUUCCGGUAGAUCUGAACCCUCAUUUGGAAGACGAAGAAGGGAAGUGAAUGCAACUUUAGAUCUCGAAACCAAUAACACGGUGACAAGUGUCGAGGAUACGAUUGAAUCAAAUGAAACUAUCGUUUCGUUCACCCACGUAUCUUCUGAAGAUAAAGCUAUCAAAGUAACGAGUGAGGGAGAUUCUGGGGAAGAAAAAGAGGAUGAGGAAAAGGAGUUUGUACGGGAAAUGAUAGAGGUAUUCGACUCUCGAGAAGAACUGCAACAGGAAGCUAGAAAAGCUGAGUACCUUCCCGAAACUGUUUGCAUGACUCCCGGGGCAUACCAUGGCCUAGUCAGCGCUGUGAUGAUUCUCAUAGCCAUUCUCUUGACAGGAGCACUACUAGCCGGACUGGCGUACAGAAGAUACUGGAUGGUCAUGAGGAAAAACAUGCUGGUAGACCGUGCGAACUCGAACUUAUCUUCUUCGUACCCGAACACGCGCAGCAGCGGCAUUUCCAGUCUCUCGGUUUUCGGAUCGAGCCUUCAGAAACCCUUCGGCGGCUUUGGUAGACCUGUACACGUUGCUGGUUUUCCCAGGACCGAUCUGGAAUGCCCGUUGUCUGCUCCCGGAGGUCCAUUCGAAGAUCCUAGCGAACCCAUCUACACGGAUCCAUCUCUCUUCGAGAGAUCUAGGAGUUUGAGGAGUAUAGCAGUGUCGCCCAAAAGAAGGAAAUCUCCAGCAAAAGAUUGAUUUGAUAUGGUAAUGGAUACUCAUCUUGCAGAAAUUCAUGCGAUGAAGGUUUUAGAUAAUCCAUAUCCAAAAUUGUAAAUAUUUAUGAAUAUUUAUAUAGAAAAAAUAUCAUAUUCAGAUUCUUCAUAUUUGAAACAACGUUAUAUGUGGUCUAAAGGCUCAUUCCUCUGGUUUUGAAAAUAUAAUCGUCGCUGGGUGUUUGGCAUAUUUAAGAACUAGUAGUUAAUAAUACACGGUGGUUCAAAAUUGUCUCCCGAUAUUUCUGUAGCUGUUCAUCCAAGGACAAAUUUACUAUUGCCUAUAAAUCUACUUACGAGUGAUGGGAAUGAAGAAACGGAUGAUGAAUAUGAUGAUAAGUAUUUUACAACAUCAUUCUCAUUAUGGAAAAUAUCAUUCGGUAUAACUAGGUCCUUCAAAAUUAGGUGUCGAAUCGCGUUUUUUUUUUUUCGUAAGAAUCAUGCUUCCUAUCGAAUUUUAACCGAGAAACUUUUUCCGCACAAAACUGAAUGAUUUUUCAUAAUUGGGUGAUACUUAUAAGUGCCUGUGUUAGCACCUAUAAGUGAAUACCUAAAGAGUUUCAUGACAUAUUUUAUUGAAACUUUCUGAAGGUAUCUACAAUUUCCUAGAUGUAGGUACUAUAGGAAACGCAUUAUAUAUUAAGUUCUGUUUUUUUAUUAUAAUUCUGCAAUAUCUAUAUUUGAAGGCAUCAACAUAAUAUGCUGAUGGAUGUAAUCGGAGUGUCUAGAUUGAUGUCAUUUUAGUGGAUUCAUAAUUUUUGAAAUUUUUUAACGUUGAAUUCGGAACAGUACCUAUACCUACCUAUUCACUUUCUAUUCAUAAAUUAUUUUUAUUUCAUGCCUCUCUUCGUUUCAGGUAUCACCAUUGUUAUUUCACAUUGAAAAUCGUAUGCUACACUGCUACUGCCUUAAUGGGUACGAUGCAGGGUUAUUCAAAUUGAUGGUUAUCCUCCGCAACCAUUGGUAACUUUGUUAUUAUCGAGGAAACAAAUUUGUCAAAAUUAACAAAUAUCAGUACUUUCAACUAUAAGUAAAUUUCUUGCUAGGCUCUAUUAUUUCUCAGAAAAAAAUUAUAGGAAGGAGUUCAUUUGGAAAAUCCAUUUUUCGUUCAAACUCGAAAGGCCAUGCUCAGUUAUUUUUCAAAUGUUCCAUGCCGCUAGUUUGAUAAUUUUAAAAAUGUUGUAUUUUCAAUAGCAUCAAGGCUACCGAUGGUGGACACUCAAUUUGGAUCACCCCGUAUCGACUAUAGUUCAAUCUAUCAAUAUGAAUCUGCCAAGUCGAUUGAGAUUCCUCGAAUCAUUAUCAUUCACACAAAACACCAAUCGUAUUCUGUCAGAACCAUUGAAAGUUAUUCAGUUCAAUGCAUCCCAAGUCAGAAUAUCUUCAUUGUUAAAAAAAAAAUUGCGAAGUACAACAACUACUGUUUUUACAGUCUUACGGUUUUCAGGUUAUUGGAGAAUUUCGUGUUGUUUCUCUUAAUUUUUUUCCCACAUUUUCUCACCUUGAUGACACACGUAUGGAACAUGACGUAGUUUGAUAUUUGUUUUAUAACACGUGUGUGAUAUAACAAUUCAUUUAAUUAUAUUAUCUGAUUAAAAUUGUGAAUUGUUACUUUACAAUUUGGAACAUUUUGACUGUUGGUUGCGACAACAUAUCGAAACCGUGAGACUUUGUAAAUUACCUAUGUCUACUUUUGCAGUUCAGAUGAGGUCCACUGUCAUCUUCGCAAGCCUUUGUAUGGAUAUUUCAAACACCUUGUAUAGCUCCUACCUACCUAUGCGUUUGGUGUAUGGAAGUAUUUUUUCUGUAUUUUUGCAUCCAGAGAUUCACAAAAUAAGAAUACGAUUGGGUCUGAGCACAUUGAGUACAACAUGAAAAUACACUGGAGCCCCAUCUACAGUUCAUUCAUCUUUCAAAGGGUAUCAGAUUCAUAUGAAACUGAGUCUAUUUUCGAGUACAGUAAGAUGAAAAAUGCAGAAAGAAUAUCAAUGUCUACCUCAUCUUCAUCUCAAAAAUUUUAUUUGAAAAACAACGAAGAUGAGAAUUGUAUAAGUAGGUAUAGGUAAUUAUUGGAAUUUUUUCAAACAAUCCCAAAUUUUGUGUGGAACUUCAUUCAAUCUAAUUUUUUUAAUUGUACUUAUGUGUUAGGCAACUCUAGUCGUUUAUAACCGAUUGCAAUAUAUUUCACUGCCUUUUGAAACUACCAGAUUUCCGCUCAUCGUAAACUGAAUGUGAUUAAAGGUAGAUUCCUACCCUGUUUUAUGUUUGAACAUAAGAAAUACAAAACCUGUACUACUUGAAGAAAGACAAGAUACAGCAAAUAAUACAUAUCAGUUCUCAUGAUAAUAUUACACAUGAUCGCAUGCGAUAGGAUUCAUAGGAAUAUUCAAUUUCUUACAAUAUUUAUACAUUGUUGAGCUUAUUUUAAUUUUAGGCAACAUGUCUGCUUCGAUAGCACCCUAUCGUUUAAUGAUCACCUAGUUAAGAUAUGUUGAAAGCAUUGAUUGAUAUCCCUAUUAACAUAACACCCUAGCCCUAUAGCUAGUCACUUAUACCUGCACUUAAUAUGUAGUACGUAUUGAUGAUAUUAGUCAUCUUUUUAAAGAUAGAUUUUGUAUCCUUGUAAAUAAAAAUUUGCAAUAAAGGUAAUUUAUAAAUGAUCUGCUUACAUUAAUUUCGUUGUGAUUAUAGUAGAUAGAUAGAGGUAGAGUACACAAGUAUAAUACGUGCGUACAUAUAUAUACAUAAUUAUAGGAAACUAAAAAGAAAUUAUUGCCUAUCUUUUGCACUUUUUCACCGUACUGAUGAGGGCCGAAAGCCCGAAACACGUGUCUGCGGUCAACUCUUCAUGAGGGCUACGUCCAAUAAUUUCUUUCUAGUUUGCUCAAAACCUCGCUUAAAACAGUUCCCUCGAUAUUCCUCCUAUCAUAAUAUACAGUGUGUCCCACUUACCAUGCUCACCAUGGGUAUCUUUUUAACGGUGAGAGAUACGAGGUCGGUUAAAUGACACCAAAUAUGAGGUUUGUCAAGGCCAACUAUAAUGUGAAAAAAUAUUUUGAUGAAAUCUAUUCGUUUUUGUUUCAUACGCAAGAAACAGGUUUUCAUCAUUUUCAUAUCUCCUCCGUAACUUCUUUAUUUAUGAAAUUAUUCAAAUAGGAAUUCCACAUUCUCAUGGCAGUUUUUCAAAGUGAUUUCGAAAAAGAUAUGAAAUUUAUACCAACUCUUCUAGAAUUUGAGAUAUCAGCACCAACUUUAGUUUUUCAAAUGUAGGUCAUAGCACACUAUGAAAUUUAAAAAAAUGGCUGCUCCAUGAUGGCGAACAAGAUUUGGUCCGAUUCCAUUCAAAAUUGGUAAGUGGGGGUUUUUGAGGUCGGAGAUCUUGAUUUUUUUGUUAAAAUUUAUAAAUUCAAGAUGACGGCUUCCAAAUGAUUUUUUGUUUUUGUAUAAAUGACGAUAACUCCGUUGUUAUCAACACAAAACUAUUACUGCGACAUAUCAUCGGUAAGAGAAAAAAAAGUUAUCUGUAACUAAGUCAUAGUGAGCUAUGACUUACAUUUGAAAAACUAAAGUUGCUGC